GUCCUCACACAACAACACUCCGUACUCUCAAUGGCUUUGGCUGCUCGACAAAUUGUUUGCAAUCUCAAGUCGGAAAAACCGGUGGUUCAAAGAGAUGAACCGGUGGCUGGGCGGCUGCCAUCGCUUCCAGUUCAGAAGGUGAGGCUGACAGAUACGGCCGCCGUGAAGGCAGAGAGUGGGAAGAUCUUAUUGCAGCCAAGGGUGUGCACGCUUAGAUCGUACGGUUCAGAUCGUUCCGGUGUGAUGAAGAUGCGAAGCGCCGACGACAGCGGCGGCGAUGAGGUGUCCCGGUUCUUCGAGAUGCUUUCGGAGUACAUCGAGAGUUCCAAAAAAAGCCAAGACUUUGAAAUCAUCUCCGGUCGUCUAGCCAUGAUGGUUUUUGCAGGGACAGUGACAAUGGAAGUUGUAACAGGUAACUCAUUAUUCAGAAAGAUGGAUUUACAAGGGAUUGAGGAGGCUGCAGGGGUGUGUUUGGGUGUAGUAGUUUGUGCUGCAGCUUUUGCUUGGUUCUCCGGCGCUCGUAACACAGUCGGCGGGAUCUUCUCCGUUCGUUGCAAUACCUUUAUUGAUUCUCUUAUUGAUCAAGUUGUUGAUGGGUUGUUCUAUGAGACUGAUGUUAGCGAUUGGUCUGAUCUUUGAAAAGUGAAGAAUGAAGAAGGGAGACGAAGAAAUGAAGGGAUUUGGAUGUUUAAUUACAGAGAUCUGUAUUAGGUUAGAUGGUUAUCGUGUGUAAAACUUGAUAAACCAAUAUACGUAGGAAAACAUGGUAAUAUAAACUUAUAAAAAGUACUCUGUGUACUAUUUUCUCCAAAAAGAUGUUGUUUUACAAGUAAGAAACUAAAUUUCUUGUUUUGUUUC